AUGGCUCAAGAACUCAAGCGCCGGGGCGACUUCCGCGAUGUCGAUAACCUCUCCGAUUUUGAAUUUAACUAUGAGAUUGGACCACUUAGGCGAGCUCCUGUCCCUAAAAUUGCAACCUGGAGUUUAUGGCUCUCUCGUCUUGGAGCUGCAGAUCGUGCCUCCGCCGCCCUUGCCCAUUUAAGGAAUAUGUUUGGCGAAGAGCCUCAUGAACUGGUGGUAAUGUUUCAAGAACUCCGCCAAGAAUCACUAGUAGCCGUCCUCGAAGACGGCUGGGCUCGGCAAAACUUUGUCCUCUCUGAUACGGAGCUUCCAGCUUGGUUUGGUGGAGGCAACGAAUCCCUUAGGUCUGGUAGAUAUUUCACUGCGAUAAUGGUUUCCAAGCCUUUGCCGAUAUCGAACUGCUUCCGCGACCCCUUCGUCUCUAAAAUGCGGAGAGACGCCCUCGUGGUUGAUACUCCCAUAUCUGGGGAUCAUGGACCCAUUGAAUCAAAAGAAUUGUUUGGCCUAUGCACAACGCACCUCGAAUCACUUUACGCAGGAAAAGAGUUUCAUUUUCGCCAACUUGCUGUAAUCUCGGCGUUACUCAAAAGCGACAUAGCGCAGGGACAGUGUGACAGGGCCAACAGUCCACCUGGAGUUUAA